UGCAAAACCAACAUGGCAGGCCCAAGGCCCUCCAAAUCAAACAGGCGACGACAGCCGCCUCCUCCUCCGCGGAAAAGGACCUGCAAAGGCUGCACCAAGUCCAAGAUUCGUUGCGGUCUCGAAAGACCUACCUGUUCUCAAUGCAAGUCUCGCGGGCGCAAGUGCGAAUACUCCACUGAUCCUGAAACUUCACACCCUACUACUCAGACCGAAGACGUAGCUAUGCCCAUAGCUUUACCAUCUUAUUUUGUAUUUAACAGCAGCCCCGCAAGCGUUACGUCGAGUCGAGAAAGCAGGCAUCGACCGGAGGGGUCACCGAGAGACCAGCAACCGCCUGUCGACUUCACCAAAAUCGACCUGGUCCCUGCUUCUGGGGCGGAGAGUAUUCGAGAUCGCUGGCUUCGGCCAUACAUUCUCCCACCACCGGAGCGAGACGAGGUUCCGAAGGUGUAUCAUCAAUUUACACUACAGUACAUCUCCAGGAUCCUGGCCACCUAUCCCCGCUUCAUGCUGAAGGACCACAACGUACCUCCUAUCAUUCAUCCGUCGCAAGUGUCUGGUGAAAGGCUGCCACAGGCCUUAGCCAACUGCUACAGUCUCGUUCGCAUGUGGGAGAAUGCUGUUCCAGGAAGUGAAGUCAUGGUCAUCAACAUGAUCGAAAUGGAGAUGGAAAGGUUGUUCAGCGAGCUUCCAAGCCAACACGACUAUAGCCUUCUAUCCACUUUCCAAGCUUACCUGAUCUACUGCGUCAUGUUAUAUUUCUCUCCGCGACCGGCUGCCCCAGCCGCUGUCACCGACAGAGUCAUGAUCACACUCAUGGAACUGGCCUUCCGCACGGCUCGCAAUGGCUUCUUCUGCGUGGCCGAAGCAUCCCAUUCGCGACCUAGCUGGGAGUCGUGGAUAGUGGUAGCCUCGAAACGUCGUGCCAUCUUUGCCAUGUACCUCCUCAGCAGUGUUUACAACGCCGACCAACUCUUGCCAAACUUCAUAGCCGACGAAGUCGGGAGUGCUUUUGCUCCAGAGGGCAGAUCGUUGUGGGAGGCGCCCGACCGGAAGACGUGGGAACGGGAGUAUGACCGUCAUUUGUUGACCUGGGAGGAUGGGAUGCUGGAAAUCUCAGAGCUGUGGCGAUCCGCGCGUACGGGAACAGUCGAGCAGAGGGAGAGGAUUGAGAGGUGGCUGCAGGCUGUGGAUGAGUUUGGGAUGUUACUGUUCGGAGUCACUACGCAUAUUCAUGGGUGUUGAUCUAGUGACGCACAUCAACCGCUGACGGCCAUACGGGGGCCCCGCCCCUGUCUCGGAACUCCGAGGAUGGCCCACCUUACUGAUCAGCCACGACUGGGCACCUAUAUAUUGCCAUCGUUAACCAUUCUCAACCCAGCCUAUACACACAUUUCCUAGACCAUUGACUCAAGCUACAAGGCGCACACCUAUCCUCAAGAAUGGCAUCCACCUACUCGACAAACCACACCCCCAGCGUGCUCCGCACGCACAACUGGCGCACCCUCGCCAACUCCGCGCCGUACCUCCUCCCCCACCUCGAUCACC